AAGAAUCCAGUCGACCAGUCGGCCCGCGGAUGACAGGCGGCAGACGCACUCGCGAGAUUUCCAAGACGGAGAGAGGCGCACUUCCAGGAGUGAAUUCAAGGUUGCAGCCGCUCAUCGUCUUGUCAACCAUUCGCGAACAAUGGCAAAGGCAAACAAGAAGAUGAAGACGGCAGAGGCAGUGACGUCGUCAUCGUCCAAGAGCUUCUCAUCCGUCAAGGCCCACAACACCGUCGCUGGCUUCCAUGUUCUACGCCUCUCUGUUCCCUCUUCUUCUUCUUCUUCUUCGUCGUCCUCGUCUUCUUCCUCGGCGGCGCACUUCCUCUACCUCCGCCCGCACAAGGAUCACGAUGAGAGCGAGAAUGAGGAGCGUCAGGAUCUGGAGGAGGAGACUACAGCGGCAGUAGCGCAAGCAGCAUCGACAGCUCCACCCCGCAGUCGCAAAUCAAAAAAGGCUGUCGCAGCCUCAGCAGCCGCCUCCAUCCCACCAGCCCUUGUCCCUCUACCCGCUCCCCUCAAUCCAAGGCCGCUCCUCAACACUGGCUCAACAGCACACAUCGUCUUGCUCGAGCCGGCGAGCGUGCAGCGCGCCCUCGAACUCUCCCAAUCCUCGGCAUCGAAGCCCCUCAAGUGGCAAGAUCCCCUCCGCGAGGCACAGCGUAAGGCUGCCAAGCUUUACAAGGACGAUGACGAUCGCAAUGAUAUACGGAGCCAUCGCCCUACAACAGCGCUGCAAGCCACGCUUGCCUCGGCAGCCACCUCUGCGCCUUUAGGCCUGCAAUCCCUCAUCGAGACUUACGACGCUCACCGCCCCGCACCCCUCUCGGCCGUCAAGCGACACGCUGAUUCAUUGGUCGCGCGUCGUACGUGGAUGAUCAAGCGACACAAGAGUGGGACACCUGGUCAACUGGGUGGUGCUCCCGGUGGGAUCCGUAUAGCGUCAUAUGGGCCCAAUGGCGAGCCCUUGGACGAGGAUGGCUUCGUCAUCGUCCUCCCAGGAGGCAAGUACGGUCGCUCAGGUGGUGGCGGAGCACCUGGCGAAGAGUCUGGUGCUCCUCCUCUCGCGGGCAGUGGAGGAGUCAAGAUGGCCCGACUUCGCUCUUUGGCCGCAGCACAGGCCAAAGCAAAGGGAGCAGGGAAAAGUGCUGUGCCCGCAGGCUUGGAGGACUUCUAUCGUUUCCAGGUGCGCGAGGAGGCCAGGCAGCGUAUCGCCAACCUGAGAAAGGGCUUUGCCGAGGAUGCUGAGAGAAUGAGGCAACUCAAAGAGGGCGGAGUAGAAGGCGUUGAUGGCAGAAAGGCGAGAAGGUUCAAGCCAUACUAAGCUACACCGUGGCAUCGAUCAAGCUGAACCCAUCGUGUGAUUUUCGCGUGAAUUGCGUCUGAGUCUCAAAGUGUAUAUAAAGCAAGCGAGAAGAACAGCACCCAUUCGACAUCAACAAAAGAACCCUGAGAAGGGAAGAAGAAGCAGAGUCCGAGGCAUCGU